AUGUUGACCGUCAAGAAGAUGGAUCAACUCUUCAGCAACGAGCUCAAGCUGUACGACAACCUUAAAGUGAGUGUUUAAACUUUUUGUUUUUUAGCUAGAGCUUGUCAAUUUUAAAUGUUAUCCAUGAUGUUUCAGGAGAGACAUGUCGCUUCUUUUGAGAAGUUGAAGGCAAAUGGAUUCCCCGUCAUGAUGGUACACAACUCUGGUCCCGAACAGGCUCAGAUUGAUAGUAAAUUGGCAGACAAAUUAAUCGCCGACGACGUCCACAAGCUCCGUUGUUGCCGAUGUGAUGCUAUUUUUGAUGUGGAUGAGUAUGAUCAGUCUGCAACAGAAUACCGGUGCCGAUAUCAUCCUGGGAAACGAGUUACAGGUAAGGAAUUUCGUUUGGCUAGUAUUUGAAGUGGGAAUGUAGAAUUGGGCGAAAGUAGGCUUCAAUUUAGAGCAUAAUUUAUAAGACAUGCGGGACUCACACCAAUUUGUUUUCUGAAGUCAAAUUGAAAUCUUUUCAAAAUCUAAACAUAAGAUUUUUAAAAUUUUGGCGGGUUACGAAAGCUCAUGCUUCAAAGUAUAAAGUGUCCCCAAAGAUUAUAAGGAUCCAACGCAAAAAACGUAGGUUUUACGAAAAACCGAGUUUCACACUUUUUUCCCAUUUUUUAUGUGUAUACAAAGUAGCGUGCGACUUCCUUUGAGUAUCCGAAACAUGAUGUUAACGAAGGAGUGAUUAUUGUUUUACCCUUUGCAGGUGAAUUGGAAGGCGGUGCUGCUGGGGAAAAGUGGAGAUGUUGUGGUGGUCCCCGAGAUUCUGAUGGAUGCACCACAAGUUUUUAUCAUGCCUAUCUGCAAACCCGAAGAAGAGAAUUGCUGAAUUUUAUCAGGACACCGAAGGAAGACUCCGAAUACGAUCCCCGCUCCAGAAAGGUGUACAUUCUGGAGGCGGCAUUUGUCUACACUACCGGUGGCCCCGAGAUUGCAAGGCUGUUGGCUGUGUCAUGGGACGGACAGCCGGUCCUGGACUUGCUUGUGGACGCCAAUCGCGAAUACGAUAUAUUUGAUUACGAUUCUUUUAACAGUGGAAUAACCUACGAAGAUGUUAAGGAUAUAAAGGUGGACAUGUAUACGGUGAGCAGAAAUGAUUUGUAUGAUGUUCUAGUAGAUUGAUUGCAGACUGUUCUUAGGUAAUACUUUCUUUGUUUGUUUCAGGCAAGAGACGUCUUAUUUAAACUGAUCAACCACAAAACAAUCCUGGUCGGUCAUUGCUUGGACAUGAUCAUGCGGGCCAUGAAGAUGGUCCACCUGAACAUUGUGGAUACCAGUCUGAUCUAUCGCUCCACCAAAUUAAAUUGCAAAUAUUCUCUCCGAUCCAGCACCGCCCAUCAUUUGAACUUCGCCAUUCAUGAGAAAGGCUACGAUCUGGACGAGAAUUGCCAAGCCAUUCUUCAACUCCUCUGCCUGCGAGUCAAGGAAGAAUUCAGACGCCGCCAUGACAACACUUUCAGGUUCAUCAUCCGCAAGUAA